AACGCAAAGCAACUUCAUUCUGCUAUUAUUGUUACUCCUUCUUCCUCCUUCUUCUCAACAUCAGAUCAUCAUCGCUAUAUACCUACUCGCUCCAGUCAUCUUCCAAACCUGAUGAGGUGAAACUUGAGUAAGCAACUUUCUCAUUUUAUUGACUUGUUCGUUUCAGACUUUCAUUGUCAUUAUUCUCUGUCCCUGAUAUGGGUUUCUUCAUUGCUUCUCUUUGCUUUGUUUGGAGAAAUUGAAUGCGAGAGUGAUGGAGAAACCAGGAGCUGGUGGAAGGCCAAAGGCAGUUGACAUAUGGGAACACGUCAUGGUGUUGGAAGGGAAAAAAGUGAGGUGUAAACAUUGUGGAUUUGAAUUUGCAGCAAGUGCUAAUCGCAUCAAAUCUCAUAUUCAUCAAAUCAAGGGUCAGGGAAUUCGUCUGUGUACUGCUUUUCCUCAGCUUUGCGAUACUGCUUCCAGAAAAGUCACCAACAAUUUGAAAGGGAAAGAAGACCUCAUUGAUUCACAAGAUUUAUCAACACUGGAUAGGGCAAGAGAUUAUAACAAACCCAGUGAAACAAUGAUUGAGUGUCACAUGUCCCCCAAAACAAUGUGGGAAGGGAUAAAGGCUCUCCAACAAACACAAAUCCAUCAAGAGAGGUUUCAAGUUGGCCCUUUCUCUGUUUCUCAUAUGGUGAAUGAACGUGACUUGCAGUUGAUACAAUAUGUUUUUGAACAAUCAUGUGAUGAGACAAUUUUCUCCUCACCACCACGUUUAUAUUUGAAUCAAUAUGAAUUUACCACACUUAGACCGCAGACUUGUUUGGAUUCUUUGGUAAUAGAUGUUUUUGUUGAUAUCUUGACUGACACUGAAAGGAAGAAAAGUAAACUUCUGAAUUGGUAUCUUCCGGUGAUGUUUUCGCAUGUAGCAUUCAAUAGUGGUGAUUUAAGUUUGUUCCUUGACUUUGUUGCACGACAUAAAUGGAAGAGAACUACAUGCCUGACUCCAUAUAUUUUGAGAAGAAUCAAGUUGUUGAAAUAUGGGAUUCUCUUCGCGAUCAUUUUGUGGAUGAAAUUGCUUGCUAUGGAGAAACUCUUCGGGGACGUUGCGUUCGCAAAAUUUCACCAGAGAAUGGCAAGCAAUAUCUCAUUACAGCCUAAUGAUAAUGGAUAUGAUUGUGGUAUAUUUGUUAUUAAAUAUAUGCAACAAUCAGAUAAUUAUGUGAGCCAAAAUCCUUCAUUUCAGUUUGACAGUAAUAAAGAAAGAUUGGAUUUGGCUUUAGAGUUGCUCAAGAGUGACUUAAACCAAGAAAGAGAAAUACUAUAUCAUAAAAGCAGCAGGAAGCCAUUCACAAGUUCUAGGUGA